AUGGAUCCGUUUGAGAUGCUCCUACGGGAAGUGCUGGAUAAACCAAGCGUUGCUGGUUUGCAGAUGAUUUGCGCGCAAAUAGAAGCCUACGACAAUUAUAAACCACAAAGGGUGAAGGAUAUGGCAUUGAAAGCGAUCAGGAAAAUUACAGAAGAGGGAACAUUAGCUUCACAGGAGGAUAUGCUUCGUUUGUACAAACUACUGGCAAAAUAUAGCAAGAAAAUGGGUUCAGCCAAGAUCUUCGAAAAACUUGAAGAAGAAGACUUGUUCCGAAACUCGCUCAAAUUUUAUCUUUUGUGGGCAGAAAGUUAUGCGAAGGAAGGGAAUGUAACGAAGUUUUCUAAUGUUGUGGAUCUGGCCAAGAGACGGCUUCAUCAGCUCUCAACAUUUGAUGUGGAAGCUGGUUUUAGGGAUCUUGUCGACCAGUUUCUCCCAUCUUGUGAUCUCUUUAACGAUGAAGAAACUAUGGCGGCUUUCUGCAGAAAACCGUCCGAUUCACGAACAAAGAAAAGUAUGCCGCCGAAUCUUACAAGCUAG